ACUUGAAACGCGUUGGCAUCCGGAGCGAAUGUUUCAGUCACCUAACGGCGUUUGAGCCAACUAGUCUGCGGCUGGGAGAACGUCUGCCGAUUGUCGAGUGUCGGGAGUUGAGAUUUGAGUGUUGAGCGUUGAGUGUCGAGUGCUCCAGAAUUUUGUGAAUCAUAACAAACGGCAUUGAGUGAGUCAUGUAUAGGACGUGCUUCUGUCUGAUAUCUGUGCUGAGCGUCGUCUCUGCCGCCAAUCUGAGCUACUUACACCGCCAGACACAGGCACAGGGACAGGCAUAUUAUUAUAAUGCGCCCAGUGCUAACACUAUGGCGGCAUUGCGUCGCAUCGUAUUGGGACAUCUGCAGCGCUUUCAGGAGGCGGAUAGACAGAACGCCAGAACGCUGAUGAUGCAGGGAAAAGCGGAAGUGCAGCGACAACCUUAUUGGCAGCCAGUGAUUGCCGCUUCGCUGAAUAGCUUGGACUAUGCUGUGCCACCCAAUACACCCACGCCAAAGAACUAUGCAAUGAAUUUCUUGCCGGAGGGCAGGGAUGUGGUACCCGGAACCUCAUACAUACCGCUGCGGCUGCUGUUGAUACGCUGACUCGGAGACGUCAACCGGCAGCGGCUGCGACGUCGGCAGCAGCAGCGGCGUCGGCAUCGUCUGUUAUUCAAAUGAGGCUUCAGUUUGCGGAAUGCCGUUCUCGGUUCUGAGCAGCGGCAACCAGUAAAUGAGUUUAAUUUGCUCGAAUCCUACUGCUGGUUAUAUAAUAUAAUUUAAUGAUAUUUUAAUUCUUCAUUAUACAGUAAAGUCUUAGCUUAACAGUCGGUAUUCUAAUUUAAGUCGAAACUAAUUUGUGCCCCACAAAUACAAAUGUACGAAAAUACACGUAAAAUAAUCAUGA